AUGGUGAGGCCAUUAUUAAGCCAGCAAGGAGACAACGGUUCCAUAAUUCAAACAGAGAACUUGGUGAAUUUAAAUAAUACCUCGGGGCUUAUUGGGACUCCGAAUGUUUCAGCUUGGUUACAUGAACCAAUGACAUUCGGUAUCUGUGAUCAGGCAACAUUGCAGGAGAACUCGGCUGGAGGUAAAACAUCUAUUGUAACAAGUUUAAGAAUUCUUGAUCACACUCUCAUCAAAUAUAAGAAACUCCAAUUGGAAGUGUCUUAUUUUAUAGAGUGCAUUAAAGAGAAGAUUGUACCGAAAGGUUUAAGAACAUGGCAAUACCCAUGGAUUACGGAAGACGCACAAACUCUUGAAGCACACAGAUGCGAUCACCAAGUUAGCCAGCUCCUACAGGCAAAAGCCACAAGGAAUGAUCUUUCCUUAACGAAUACCAGAAGAUGUGCCUACACCAAUAAAAAGCAAACGAUACCACCGUCAGCAGGUGCAGAUUUAAGUGAGAUUCAGAGUCUGCAGACAUCCCAUAGGAAAUACCUUAAUUCUGAAUGUGACAAGACUUUGCCAGAUGAGGUGUCGCUCACAGGAUAUGACCUGCCACAGACUAAAAGGAAGCAUUUUGAUUAUAUGGAGUUUAACAAAGCUUGUAACACAAAAACUGAAUUAGACGUUCCUCUGGAUAUUCAUGAAGGGGAUGGACCCUGCAGUUGGUUUAUUUGCAGCAAUGGAUUUACAUUCUAUAAGAAGAGCUCAACUGAUCAUUUAACUCACAAAAUGAAAAAACUAAAGAAUGCAUUCACUAAAUAUGAAAAGAUAUCCAGUUACGAGACUGCUGUACAAGGUAGUGGUUCUAGUAAAAAAAACAGUUUACCAGGGCAUCAGAUUACUCAUGCUGGACAAAAACAUACAGAGAAGUGUAAAAUGCGCAUUGAUCCAAAACCCUUUCAUUGUGCCACAUGUAAUAAAGGGUUUACAUCUAAAAGUAAUUUAGUAGUGCAUCAGAGAAUUCACACUGGCCAGAACUCAUAUACAUGUGCCACUUGUGGUAAGCAUUUUAAAAAGAAAUACAGCAUGGAAAACCAUCAGGUAGUUCAUACAAGCCAGAAACCUUACAAAUGUGCCAUAUGUGAUGUGGGUUUUAUAUACAAAACUAGUUUGAUACGGCAUGAGGUUAUGCACACUGGACAGAAGCCUUACAGUUGUGACCAAUGUGACAAGACUUUUAGUUACAAGAGUAGCCUUUUUACUCAUCGGCAGGUCCACACGGGCCAGAAACCCUUUCAAUGUUCAGUGUGUCCCAAGAGUUUUGCACGGAAGUGUCAUAUGUUAAUGCACCAAUUAGUACACAGUGGGCAGAAACCCUUUAUGUGUACCAUAUGUAACAAGAAGUUUAAAUAUAAGAACAGUUUAGUAAUGCACGAGAGGUCCCACACUGGUCAGAAACCCUAUAAAUGUGCAACUUGUGGCAAAAGUUUUGCACACAAAAGCAGCUUGAUAGAACAUCAGUAUUCCCAUUCUGGGCUGAAGCCCUUUAAAUGUACUCUGUGUGAAAAGAGUUUUAUAAAGAAAAUCUCUAUGUUAAAACAUACUUUAGUCCACUCUGGGCAGUGGCCAUAUAAAUGUACUACAUGUGAUAGGGGGUUUAUAGAUAAGACUGAUUGGGCAGCACAUCAGAAAGGUCACUCUGGUCAAAAGACUUAUAAAUGUGCUACAUGUGACAAAGGGUUUACAAGUAAGAUAAGCUGGGCUGUACAUAAACGCAUUCACAGUAAGCAGAUGCCGUAUAAAUGUAUCAUAUGCAACAAAGCUUUUAUGUAUAAGAGACGUUUGGUAGCUCAUGAGAGUAUCCAUACUGGACGGAAGCCCUAUAAUUGUGCUACUUGUGACAAGAGUUUUUUGUAUAAGACAAGUUUGGUAUCACAUCAGAUUAUCCACAGUGGACAAAAAAAAACUUAUAAAUGUGCUAUAUGUGGCAAGAGCUUUCUGCAAAAGAGAAGCCUGAUCGCACAUGAGACCCUUCACACAGGGAAGAAGCCAUAUAGAUGUACUUCAUGUGACAAGAAUUUUACAUACAAGAGUAGUUUAGCAUUUCAUCAGAGUAUUCAUGCUAAGCAAGACCGAUACAGGUGUGUCAAGUGCAACAAGAAUUUCGUACAUAAGACCAGUUUGGUAGCACAUCAGAGUACCCAUACUGAUCAAAAGCCAUUUAAAUGUAAUAUAUGUGACAAGAGGUUUAAAACCAAGAGAGGUUGGUCACUACAUAACAGUGUUCACAUUCAGCAGCAACCAUACAAAUGUGCCACAUGUGGCAAGGGUUUUACGGAGAAGAGAUGUUUGGCAGCUCACGAGACUCUUCACACUGGAGAAAAGCCUUAUAAAUGUUCCAUAUGUAACAAAGGCUUUAUACAUAAGAGUAGUAUGGAAGCACAUGAGAGUGUCCACGCUGGACACAAGCCCUAUAAAUGUACCACAUGUGACAAGGGAUUUACACACAAGAGUAGCUUGACACAACAUCAAAAUACUCAUAUUAAGCAGGAACUAUAUAAAUGCUCCACAUGUGGCAAGGGUUUUGUGAAGAAGAGCAAUAUGGUACAUCAUCAAAUUGUUCACACGGGAGAGAAACCCCACAGGUGUGCCACAUGUGGCAAGGAUUUUGCUUGGAAGCACAGUUUAGUAGAACACGAGAUUAUUCACACCGGACAGGCACCAUAUAAAUGUACUAUUUGUGACAAGGGUUUUACAUAUAAGACUAAUUUGGUACGACAUCAAAAUAUUCAUUCUAAUCAGCAACCAUAUAAAUGCUCUUCUUGUAACAAAGGUUUUACACGUAAAGGUAGUUUGGCAAAUCAUCAGCGCAUUCACGCUAAGCAGUAA